AUGGCACAAAUACCAAAAGGCCUGGGAUAUAUCAAAUCAGUUCCAUUCUUCUUAAAUAUUGGAUCAUUUGUAAGUGGAUUGACUGACAAAAAUAUCACCAAAAUAUUAUCUUAAGCUAGUUCUAUUAAACUUAUUUCAUAAUUUUAAUAGAACUGUGGGACCUUCAUCGGAGGACUCUGCCUGCAUGGAGCCUCCCAAAUGUUCCAUCUGUUUUUGUACUUAAAUGGAUUCUGAGGUUGUAAGGUUUUAGGCACUCAAGACACUAUAGUGGGGGGCCAUUAAGAAGGAAAUCCUGCCUCCUUCAAACUAAUUAAUUCUGAAAGUUUUUGAAUGAUUGAUUGUUGGACAAAACUGUAACAAUGAUUAUAAAACCAGGAAAGCCAUGACAGGCUAUAAUUUCGACUUAUUUGCAUUAACUUUGCAGUAUUAAUUAACAAAAUAAUUUGAUUAUAAAGACGAAUUUCACAAGAACCAACCUGAAAAAUCAUGUGCAAUCACUUAACAUCCCAAUCGAAACUAGCAAGGUGCGCAGUCGAAUAAAACACUACACAUCAGGAAAACCAAUCGUCGGUUUUGCUGAUUAAUCAGCCGAUGGUGGGCAUAUACUGUAUGUCUCUUGUACAAUCGGUGUUUUUAUAUACUGUAUGUCUCUUGUACAAAUCAGCUUUUUUUAUAUCGGUUCAUCUCUUUGUAAUAGCACCUUUUACAAGGCAAGCUCUAAAACGUUUCCUUCAUAUCUAAUUGUGUAGGUUGUGCUGCUAAUUGCUCUUGGCACACUUGGAACCUUCCUUGACAAAGGUAGCCAAGAUGUUCUUUUAAAGGGUGGUGGGAAAACUAACUCCUUUGAUUAUUGGGGAAAGAAAGGACGUUUGGAUUUUGGAAUGUUCGUUAUUGUUGUGUCCUGGCUCAUUGUUAUAUUGAUGGUUGCACUGUUUGUUACUGGACUUCAUGAGAAAGUAACUAUUAUCAACUGGCCAUUGACGGUAUGUAGAUUAUCUGUUUUUUACUUGAGUAUGGAUGUUCAGUGUUGGCAUAUAGUCUCAAUAAUCCAUAAAGGAAAUUGCAUACAGUGAAGGUGGUUGUAUAUCUAAUGCAAAAUCCUGCAGAUUUACACAAAUAUCAUCAAUAAUAAUGUAUUUAUGAGAUGCACCCUACUUUAUUAUUUUACUCUGUCUAACACCAGACGAUUUUACUCGUCAGGGGGAGAGUGCUGCCACUCAAUGGGUUAAUCAGACAAUCCCUGCUCAUGCAUCCUGUUAACCUUUAAGUGGCAAUAAUGCACCGUCUUUAUUAUUUCACUAUGUCUAUAAACACCAGGCGAUUUUACUCGUCAGGGACUCAGGGGGAGAGUGCUGCAUGCCACUCAAUCAAUCGCGGUUAAUGCAAUUAGCUACGUACAGCAUUAAUUUUAUGUCAAUAGAUACGCAGCCACUCGCCUUCAGUUCAGUUUUGUUUGUAUAUUUUAUUCCACACGACUGCUUGUAUUGGAAAUAUUUUUCAUUGAAUUUACUUUUUUUGUAUUUUACUAUGCUGGUUAGGUUGCAAUCAACAUGGUGAUUUGGGGUGUGCUGCUAUUUAUCGCCGUCUGUGUCAUAGCAGACACAGCUCGACAGUAUGAUGAGAAAAAGUUUGGUACAGAUCCUUGGUCAUUUUGUGAUUUUCUUAAAAAAGAUUGGGUUGGAUCUGAUGCCAGAUGUGGUCAUCUAGUUGGUGCCGCG